UAAGAGGGAGGAAAUUAAAGGGGGGAAGUGAAGCAAGAGGACACUACUUCCUCCUCGUAGCCGUUACAAUCAAAACAUUAUUCGUGCGCAAUGGGUGAGUCCGCAUCCUCCAUAGCACAUCGUCUAAUCUAACACUUGGCGCACAUUGUUGGGGUGCUCCCCGAUCAGCGUUUGUUGCACAAUGCUUCAGCUGAACGACACGGUGGAGCCGGAGAGUCCGGGCGCGGCGAUUCUCCACCCUGCAGAGACCGAGGAGGGGGUCGAGGUUGCCUUCACGCCGCCGGAGGCCGGACGAAGCCUCGGACACGGAGCCUCCGUGGCCUGCUGCCCCCCGUUGCAAACGCUGACGCCUUUUCAUGUGCAUAACCCCACGAUGCAAGCCAAAGUGAAGGACUAUUUCGUGUUCAGGCCAGGUACCAUAGAGCAGGCUGUCAGCGACAUCAGGACUGUGGCACUCCCUUCUGAGGAUGGAGAGGUGCUCAGUGUCUGGCUGCUAGCUGAAAUUGACCACUGGAACAAUGAGAGGGAGAGACUUGUACUUAUCACUGAUAGGUCACUGCUGGUGUGCAAGUACGACUUCAUCAACCUGUUGUGUCAGCAAGUCAUCAGGAUCUCUCUCAACGCUGUGGACACCAUCUCAGUGGGCGAGUUUGAGUUCCCACCUAAAUCCCUUAACAAGAGAGAAGGCUAUGGGAUUCGUGUCCAGUGGGACAAACGUCCUCGGGCCUCGUUCCUAAACCGCUGGAACCCCUGGUCUACAGACAUGCCCUACGCCACCCUCACAGAGCACCCCAUGGCUCACGCUGAUGAGAAGGUGGCCUCUCUCUGCCAGUUGGACAACUUCAAGACUCAGCUGGUGCAGGCAGUGAAGAAAGCCCACAAGGAGCACCCCAUCCCCGGUCGAGCUAAUGGGGUCCUGAUCCUGGAGAGGCCCCUGCUCAUUGAGACCUAUCUGGGCAUCAUGUCCUUCAUCAACAAUGAGGCCAAGUUGGGCUACUCCAUAACCCGCGGCAAGAUCGGCUUCUAAAGUCCACACCUUGUCCAAAUUACAACAGAGUUCAACCCAUGUGUCUGUGUUACACUGCGCUGUCUGAAGGAAGCUGUUGCUCCACUACAGUGCAAUGCGCAAUCUGUGUGUGUAAGUUGAGCCCAUGAGAUGUCCACACCUCCCUCCAAGUAGGUGUUACAGACAAGUGGUCAGCCUACUGUAGGUAAAUGAUGCGCAGCGCUGCAUGGACUGUCUACUCAUUUGUCUUUAGCGCUCCCAGUCCCUACCCUUCAAAAAGAGCUGCUCGCAGAUCUGUCAUACCCAUGUGGGCCCACAGGAGUGUAUGCCCGUGUGACAUAAGUUGGAGAGAAAGGACACAGUACUUGCAUCAGUUCAUCACCUUUGUUCUUAUUCUAGGCUGAGCUUCUUGUGAUCUCGCACUCUUUGUUUAACCACUGAUUGACAGACUGUCAAAACUAAGGUGAAGUUUAGAUUUUGGUUGAGGAAUGCAAACAUUAGCAUUUUUAGUUCAGGGUAAAGGAUGUGCUUUGUUUGGGCUCGUUUCUGCAGUAAAAAGAUGCCACCCAGAGAAGAGCAGUGAAAUGAUAGCAGUGUGAUACAGAAACAUCAGCGAAGAGUAUGUUCCAUAUUUGCUACAUCAAUAUGGUUUGAAAGAAAGGAUUGCAUUAUUCAGAUCGUAGGGCCGUAGCGUGGCCUCACUGAAGGGAUUAGCAGCUGAUGGACUGAGUUUAACGGUCACAUGAUUAUUUUAAUAAAUGUUACUAAUCGGGAAACCGCUCCGGGAUCUGCACUACUAUACUGAUAAGCUCUGGGCUCAGCUGUGUUACUUAUGGAAAAUAACAGCUGAAAUACACUCUUCAGCAUCCGUGAAACUUGUUCAGUGGAGAUGAUUAAUUACAUGUUGUGACCUUCCUCUCUUAUUGGCCAAUGUUGUGCUCUCCAUGCUUACAUGUCUUUUCAUGUCUUUGCUCAGAGUAGGGAGCUCAUGUACCACUUGGAGAGUUGCUAUAGCUACUAUAGCUAAAAUGUUCUUGUGUGUUACAGAUGUUUUAUGCAACAUUAACUUGUUAACGGUGUCUUUAUGUUUGUUUGUAAGUUGCCUUGAAGGCCCUGCGUUAGUUUUACACACACAUUUGCACUCAGCUGCAUUAAACUCUGCAGUGGGAGCACUGGUUAGAUUACAAAAUGAAAUACAUGCAGACAAGGUUUUGCAUCAGUUCAUUAAGCCCAUACUGUAUCUAUCGUGUGAACAGGAUUUAGGUGAUUUUUUUCUCUCCAAAACUGCAUCCUAUAUGGUUGUGCAACCAAAGGUAACAGGCCAUAGUUUCAUGCUCAACAAUGCCGAUGAAUAAUUGUGUCCCAAAACGCCUUUUCUGGUCUUUACUUGCGCAUGUUCCCUGCACGUUGAGUUUGCAUGACAGAUGUUUUUUAAAAGAAUAUCCUAAAUGGAUCUGUAAAUACUAAUUAGGUUUUAUUUAUCUGCUGUUAUUUUGAUGCAGUUAACUCAUGAAUGCUUCUAGAAGAUAAAUAUUUCAUUGCCAAUUCUAAAGUAUUUCAUUUAGAGAUUUUAAAAGAGAUGAUCUCAUUAUUACAAACAUGUAAAGGCUUACUUUUUGUUCUACAUAUUUGUAGCACAGUAGCCACAAUGAAGAAUAAUAAAUGCCUACAUGUUCU